AUGCCCUUGGCCCAGCGCCCUGCAGUCGGGGGCUGCGUGCCGGUGUGCGGCUGCUCGCCCACCCGGUUCCCCGAAGAAUGGCAAAACUGCUUCCCRGCCCUCCCGAGGAGCGAAUUACGGUACAGCCCUCUCUUGAAAUUACUGUCCUCUCAGGACAGUAACAGCAGCGACAGCAACGAAAAGAAGGGCGGAUCAACCAUCAUUAGCAGACGGUCAGCUACAAGCACUGUAAGGUCCCGCUCAAGUCACACUGUCACCGCAAGAGGCCAAAUCACCACUGAGGUGCAAAAGGCGCCGCAUGCAAGUCGCCAGCUCACUCCUCUUGGCUGCCGCGCCACUGACGCUCACCGGCCCGGAGCCGCCGUGCCGCCUUUCCUUCCAUGGAGCCCCGUCAGCUGCUGCUGCGCAGCCCCUUCCCCGCCCGCCCGGUCGCUCCAGCCGUCGCCUCCUCCUCGCAGCCUCGCACGGCGCGGCCCAACAUACAGAGCUGAAAAAUCACAAGUUGAAAUAAUGACAACCAAGUCUGGUGUUCUGCAUUGCUGGUUAUGUAGGAAAUACAUAGCAAAUUCUGUUUUUCUUGCAAAAUGUCAUGUAAAAAACCAAUCUGAAGUAUCACAACCCGCAGCUGCUGCUCAGAAGUCUUGCAAUGUAUGGCAUGUGAGCUUAGAAACCAUUCCAGAGUGGGUAAAGUAUGUCAUUGAGAAGGCACAGUGGACAAUUGGAAAACUUCACUGUCCCUUCUGUAAGGCCUGCUAAGGGGGCUUUAACUUCGUUUGCAACGAAGAAUAUUCCUGUGGACAGUUAGUAAAUAGAAAUUACUGCAAAACUGGGACUGGAACUCAACCACCUUUCUCUGUUACAUUGUCAAAAUCACCAGAAAAACAUUUGCUUCUCAGAAUUCAGUCUGGUUUUAACAAGGAUACCUGCCUUGAAGUGGUAACUGCAACUUUGGAAAUUAAAAAUCAAAGGCUUUCCUACGYGGCUGGAAGUAAUAAUGGUGCUGGAAGAUUAACAGAAGCACUUUGUCUGGAAACAAGAGCUCCCAGAUAUGAGAUUAAAAGUGAAAAACUUCCCUUAAAAGUAUUAAAUAAAAAAAGAAAUCUCUUGUCUUUCUAUUGUAUGAAAGUUGUAUGCACUGUAAGACCUUUUCACAGAAGGUCACAUAGCUUGGAUUUAAAUAUCAGAGAAAGGCUUGUUUUGUUACCUCAAUUAUAUGAAACUUGCAGUAUGGGAACACUUUACCCUGGUCAAAAUGAAAAUCCACCUGUUUAUGCGCAAGGCGGCUUGCAAUURGAGUCCAGUAGGAAAGAUGAUAGUUCUUUUCAGGAUCUGUAUAGUUCCAGGACUGAUAUAGGACAAAACCAAUUUCAGGUUACUUCCAUUGCCACAUUUACACACAGAGAAACAGAAAGUGAGUGUGGUUUUGAAGCUACUGGACUAUCUUCUGGGAGUGUCAUUGCUGAUGGGUCACCAUUCAUGAUGAACCUUUCUUGGCCUACAAGGGCUGUAGAAGACAAACAGUGCAUCACACCUGUUCGUCUUGUGCAGCCUACGAGUAUUUCCUUCAAUCAAAAGCUGAGUAAAAGUGGAAGWAACAAGUCAAAAAGCUUGAGGAGGAAUCAAAGAAGGCGAGAGCUAAGUCUACAGAAACAACCUGAAAAUGAUAACCUGCAUACAGAUGAUGAGCAUGAACUGAGAGGAGAUAAAGAAAGCUAUCUCUGUGCUGUGUGUCUAGAUGUUUAUUUCAAUCCUUACAUGUGCUAUCCAUGCCACCAUAUCUUUUGUGAACCUUGCUUAAGGAUGCUUGCCAAAGACAAUCCUGCCAGCACUCCAUGCCCACUGUGUCGCACUACAAUUGCCAGAGUAUUUUUCCAAACAGAACUGAAUAACUCCACCAGAUCUUUUUUCCCUGUGGAAUAUUUGAAGCUAAAAGAAAAUUUUCAAAAAUCUAAUUCUGCAAAAUGGCCACUACCAAGCUGUAAGAAAGCAUUCAGAGUUUUUGAAGCAGGUUUUCAAAGGCGCUCAAAUACUGUAACAAGGAGGCAUUUCCCACAUGCUGCUCACAGGAUGGACUAUAUGGACUUCGAGGAUGAUAGCCGUGGAUGGCGGUUUGAUAUGGACAUGGUGAUAAUCUACAUUUAUUCAGUCAACUGGAUAAUAGGAUUUAUUGUUUUCUGUUUUCUUUGUUAUUUCUUUUUCCCUCUUUAGGCUGUAGAAAUAACAGUUCAGGAAAAUGACAGUCAUGUGAACCACAAUAAUGUGAACAGGAAAAAUAUUGAAAAAGGUAAAUGUUUGAUAUUGCAUUUUUAUCAAUCAGAAUUGUAAUAGACUGCAUCGAGCAUGCUGUGAAGGUAUUUGAUACUUAUGCUGUGUGUGAUGAAGUACUCGAGUUUGGUUACAAAUAUAAUGUGAAAUUCACAUCAUACUUUAUUCAGUAGGAGUUUUGCCUUGAUUUUGAUGGGAAAAGAAUUUAGCCCUAAUUUAUAAAAUGAUUACUCCAUAGAAGUACUCCCAGUUUUUAGGGGAGGUCUGUGUACCACAAUAGAAUGUCAUCCAUAGAGUCAUUUUGGAUUUGACUCUGUGUCGAUACACUUCACUCACUCAUUGGUGCUUCAAUUCCUCAUACAUAAAAGCAAUAAAGAUGCUUCCAGUUCUUACUCAGAUCUUUUGGGAGGAGGAGCAGUGCUGCACCAUGCAUUAGAUAGGCAUUCAUCAGAGCUAUUUCAGUGCUAUAAUCCAAACCCUGGAAAAUUUUGACGACUGAUAGACCUGUCAGCAUUCCACUGUGGAUAUUUUGAGCCUAUUAACCAAAAAGAAAAAUUAUACUGCAGUGUGCUGACAGUUUUUUCAGCAAAUAGCAGUCAAAAAGAAUCAACUAGCAACCACACGUUCUGCACAAAAGGAGGACCAUUUUUGUGCAGAUUCCCAGCAUAGCAGCCUUUUUUACCUAUCCAGAUGAGUGUGUUUGGAUCCAGCAAGAUAGCUAAUAGAGGGCAAGCAGCAGGCCUACUGGCUGUGAUACUGUGAGACACUGACCCAAAUAAAUACUGGAGAGAAAAGCAUUCUCCAGUGUAAGAAAUCAGUAACAUUAUUCAAUUGCUGUAAUAAWUGAGGAUAUUCUUAAGUGUCAGCUCUCCAGGACUUUUUGUCUCAUGAGAGGGCACAAUAUCUAUUUGCACCUUUCUUGUGAAACAAUGCUAAAGCACUUUAUAGCUAUUCUAUAUAUGCAUUGGUGAAUUACAGUACCAAACUGCAGCGAGUUCAACAAUCAUUCCAGACUUGCUGCUUUACACAGUAUGUUCAAGUGAAAGUGAAAGGGCAUCUAUUAAAUUAUAGAAAAAGAUACUAUAAACURAUGUGGGAAUCAGCUGCUGAAAGCACAAGGUAGUUUAGGAUCUUGCUUUUCAGGAAGGUACAAGGAAUUUUUUAUUUCUAAUGGCAUGGCCCUUCAAAGUACAUUGUACUUUCAACUAGAAAAGCAUGUGAGUGUAGGUAUAUUGUCCCUCUGGUAUCAGAAUUUAUGUGGGAGACCUGUGGUUUUUCAGUAGGUGGUGUACUCCCCUGUUAUAGCAGAGAACAAGGAGAAAUGUGUUGUGGAAGGUGCCAUCUGCCAAAUGUGAUGGAAUGAAGUCAGGGUUUUAUUAAGCAUGAGCUUAUAUUUCUUUACUGGAGCAGCUCCAGCAUGGUCAGCCUCUUAGAGGCUCUGAAGGACCAGAGACUUUGACUUAAUCUGAAAACCAGCAAUAAGUCAGCUGCUAGUAUUUAGUUUUCAUACAGGCAGCAUAAAACAAUCAUUUUGAGAAUAUAUGAGUAGAAUUAAAAGUUACAUGUCUAACUACACUGAUUAGACUAAAUAAUCUUUGCCAUCUUUUUUUAAUAUGCAAACAUAAAGAGAUGUAAUAACUGAAAUUCAACAUCACUACAUAGUCAUGGUUGUGAAAAAAUGCAUUUUGGUAAUAACAAUCCACUUACUUUGUCACUACCUAAAGGUGACUGGCUCUAUUAUUAUUGGCAUUAGGCAUAACGUUUUAAAAGCUUUAAGGCUGUAGUAAAGCACUUAGUAAAAGUCUUUCAGAAGCUAGGGGAUGAAAGUCAUAGGCUCAUAUUUUGCUACAUGCGGAUGUAUGGGUGUGUGUGCUAAAAUAUUAUCAGUCACUUUAAACAUUUCUCUCAUAUAUGCCAGGUCUGGGACUCUAACUGCAAUUUUUGUUUGCCUCUCGAAACUUAUGAAAUUGCUGUCCAUAUCUCAGCAAAGGGAGAGACCAGUUCACCUUUUAUAACAAAAUUGCUUCUACCUUUCGAUCUCAUAAAAAACCUGAAACGAAAAAGUUAAUGAAAAAUAAUUUUGAUUUAGCUGACAUAGUGUAAAAUUCCCUCCAUAAGGUAAUUUAAAUUUUUUUAACCUGGAUGUCUGAUAAAGCAAUAUCCUUCAGUAAAUAUUCAAAAAUAUAUUUAGACGUAAGAAAUGUAAUGUGGAUACUAACUAGAAAGUUGUAUCAUUUUUAUUAACACGUUACCAUGGUUUUAUUUGGAAAAGACAACAAAAAGUAAAAAUCCAAUCUAAUAUUGGCCCUUUUUGUAUAUUUCUGACAAGAAUUGAUGACUGAGAGUGCCUACAUUUUUCUCAAGUUAGUAUGUCUCACAAUUUUAUAGGGCAUUUUGAAUUGUUUAACUCUACCCUUCAAGGCCUAAAUAAUAAACUGUUUCUUGAGCUAUAUUGUUUUAGUUUAUAUGGGUUGUUAUUAAUUCAGAGGAAGAUUAUUUUUAAAUUAUUGAAAACGUAUGUCAUGAAGACUACUGCAACUCUGAGAGACCUCCUUCAUAGGAAAAGACCUGAAAGGUAUAGAGUGGAGAUGCACUUUUUUUU